AUGCAUGACGGCUCGUUCAAAAGUGUGACAGAUCAGUGCGAUUACAUAAAACAUUCUCUGAGCAAUAAUAAAAGUAAGUUAUACUCUGUUGUAGUUCAUUUGUUACAGGUACAAGUAGGAAGAAAAUCAUGGUUUUAAUCACUAGUAGUAUAAAAUUUCGCUAAUUUUGACGAACAGUUUGAUCGAAUUUGAAUACGAUCAAAAUUACCUUGCUUCAAAAAAUAAACGCUGGAUAAGGCACAGGUAACCCAGGCCCUGUGCUAUUAUUGCCACAUGACAAAUCCUGUAAAAUUACAGUGUUUGUGAGGGGUAAACUUACGAUCCUAACACUUGUAAGAAAUACUAAAUAAAAGUCAAACUUGCUCUGCAAAAUUGUUGUUGCCUUUAAUACGUCACAAGAAUUUUGCUGUAUUUUGAUUGGUUUAAAUGCCUUUCUGGAAUCCGAAAGUGUACACAUAUUCAUUGUAACGCUGUCCCGCCCGGCACCACUCAAUCUUCAUGUAUGGUGCAAACAUUUCAGUCACAUUUCUGUAAUAUGUUAAGCUAAUAGUAUUAUCAAAGCACAGUGAAAUGAUCGAUGAAGAUGAGCAAAAUUGUAAAUCUUCAUGUUUCUGUUUCUUUUAGAUGCAGAGGAGUUAUUUCUAGUUAUUCAUAAUAUUGAUGGUUCUAUGUUAAGAGCCAAGAAGGUGAGUGUCCAUUCUGUAAAAACUUUAUUUCUCGGCCUCCUUUUGCUUUUGUAUCAUGAUAUCAAGAAAACACUUAGUGCGACUGUCUGCUUCUCCUAUCCUAAAAGUUUAUUGGAAAAUAGGCCCUGUCUGCAUUAAUCCUUUUUCGAAAACCUCCUUUUUCGUGUUAACAAAUAUGCUUCAAAAUUUUAGCGUCCACACUUGCGUUUAUGCGUCGUUUUCUACCAAUUUCCGCACUUCAAAGCAGUCCGCAAGGCGCAUACAAACCGAUAUAUUAUUUUUCGUUUCUAAGCUAUUCUUGGACGUGUGAAUUUCUUCGUGUUCUGGCUUUAAUAGCGCUUGCAAUACUCUCGUCUACUUCCGCCAAUUUAAAGCUUGAACACGUGACUGAUGAGUUUCUACGAAGUCUGCAUCUUCAAGAACCACCUAGCCUGGCAUCAGGCUCCAUAGGUGGGGGAAAGGGCGAAUAACAGGGCAAGCGCUAAACGAGCGGACAGUUGAGAAGGGAGCUUAUCGAUUUUGUGCGCGUCGUUAAUCGCCUUUUUUCAUCAACAAUGAGCCCUGUCGUCCCAGUCUAAGAACCGCCGGUUGUGAUCGUUUUUAGCUUUGACUUUGAGCAAAGACCAAAAGAAAUAUAUGUUCACUUUUUUCAAACGAAGACACGUUAGAAGUGUGGACAGAGGCUCUUCGCUAAAAAUUGCUAUAGUCAUCGCUGAGCAAGUUUAGCGGUGUAUAAUGAUUGCUUUAAAUCAAAGGAAGAUAAAAGUAGCCUGCGUAGCAGGCGCUAGUAAAUAAAUGGGCACAAGAAAAAACGCGCGCGAGGGAGACACGCGUGUCUCCCUCGCGCGCGUUUUUUCUUGUGUCCAUUUAUUUCCUAGCGCCUGCUACGCAGGCUAAGAUAAAAGUUGCACCAAGGAUAAAAUUGAACUACAAGAAGAAAAUGAAUAUUUUCUCUGUUUCAGACUCAGACGCUCCUUAGCCUCCUUGCAGAAGUAGAUAACCUUCAUAUUAUUGCCAGUAUUGACCACAUCAAUGCGCCUCUUAGUAAGUACUGGAUUAUGAGGUUGAACCUCCAUGUGCGACCAGCUAUAAGCGACCUCCUAUCCAGGACAACAGAAUUUUCCCUGUCAAAGCCCUAUAGCUCGAACCUUUAGUAGGCGACCGCGACCGACUUGUAGGUAGACUACAAACAGUAUCUCUUUUGCUUUAGAUUUAGUGAGGGGAGUGCACGCGCGCGCUAGCGCGAGGCGCGAGAAACGAGGGUUUUCGUGUCUCGCCCGUUUUGCUCAACCAACUAACAAAAAAAGAGGCUGGUCAUGGUCUAACAUGUUGGGGUGACGAUUAUCCUCUGGUACUAUACCGUUACAACACUUAGUGUGGACGAUGGACGUGUAACUUCUGUUUCUGUUAAUUAUCUUUCAGUUUGGAAUCACACUCAGUUGGGCCGUUUUAACUGGUCGUGGUUUGAUGUGACGUCAUUUGAGCCUUAUAAGGAAGAGACGUCGUAUGAAAAUUCUUUACUUGUGCAACACACUGGCGCGCUGGCCUUGAGCUCAUUGGUUCAUGUGUUCCGCAGUUUAACACCUAAUGCCCGCGGGAUUUUUAUCCUGAUAGCGGGACAUCAGCUUGAGGAGAAGGAUAACAAUAGUUAUAUAGGUGAGAAGUUUGUGAAUAGUUCUCUAGAUCGUGAGGAGUAUGUUAUUACUAUUUUUUUUCAAAUUUCAAGUAAAUAAAUGAAUAAAAAGAUAAAUAAGCUCUUUAUUGAUUCCUAAAAACAAUCGUUCCCGAUUACAAUUGACAAUCAGGUAAAAUUGAAAAGACUCCUAUUAAUAAAACAAUAAUUUGAGGAAGUACAUAGGAGUGACCACGAUUCCUUAGCAACCUUGUUCUACUGGGUGGAAGGAGAUCUGCCAAAGGGCCUUCAGUAUCAGUAGAAUUUGUGAGGCUCUUCCAUUAUUCCGUUAUUGUCUGAGGCCUCUAGAAGUCUUAAAAUUGGCGUGGUCUCCUAGAGAAAGCCAAAACAAACUGCUCUCUUCUGAAACUUAUCAAUUUUAGAAAGCUACUUAUCCUUUACUUAACCUUAUACUUAUACUGUAGUACAGUGGCACGCGUAACACGCGAGGAGAGCGUGGCGAAGUUUUAUUGUCGUCUUGUUUUUGUUCAGGUAUGUCAUUUAAUUCUUGCUACUCCAAAUGCCGGGAACAGUUUUUGGUCAACAGUGAGUCGACACUGAAAGCUCAGCUAAUAGAAUUCCGCGAUCAUAAACUUAUAACUUCCAAAAAGGUGAGUAAAUCAGUACAGUUGUAGUGUUUUCACCCCAGGGGGAGAGGCAAUCCUCCAUUUUUCAUAACCUUUUUCAGUCGUAGGAGCCGUUUCUCGAAAGUCCCGAUAACUACAAGCCCGCAAUGCUGUUACUAUCUAUAUUCAAGAUCAAGGUUUCAACAGUUUUUUCAGAUAUCAUAAACCAUCAAUUAACAAAAACAAAUGGACUGGUUUGUCGAGGUGGUCUUUGUUGAUUGGAAAAGUUGAUUUCGGGCCCGAAAGAAGUAACGGGGACUUUCGCGAAACGGGCCGCAUCUGGGCACGGUUCUUGAAAGCCCGAUUAGCGGUGAUCCAGGAUUAAAAUUUUGUUUCGUUUUUGUAUUUUACUUUCCUAUGUAUUACUUAGAGUAACAUUUUGUUUUAUCAUUACCGUGACUGUAUUUUGGAAUUAAGGCUCAACAGUAUUUUGUAAGCUUGAGUUUUAUAUCCUUAGACAAGAAAACCGUCAUUACAAUUAUUUUGGACUAAUUCUGGUUUACCUUGACCAUCUAUCGAGGAAAAACCGGGCCCUGGUCUCUAAAAUCUAUACUCAUUUUCAGACCAGGGUCUCGUUCCUCGAAAGACCCGGAAACUCUUCGGACCCGAAGGCAAAGUAGCAAAUCCAAACCUAUUGAAUAGUAGCAGAAUUCUUAACUCCGUAAACCGGUCAAUUUUGCUUCGUUUACUGACAGUUUCAUUUUGUCAUUUUCAAAAUUAUUGAAAUAUUUUGAUCUUGAAUUUAAACGCGGCAAACACGUAGCAGCUUUAGAGAAACAGGCCCCUGGCUGCUGAAAGUUUACGCAUGUGCGAACCCAUUACCUCGUCCUAGUGAAGUCAACAUACUGUUUAAGUAUUACCGUAUUACUUUGUAAUAAUAUUUGAAACUGAACUUUUUAUUUCUUAUUUAUUUAAAACUGAAAAUCAAAAUAGGGUUAUACGUUGUGGUGGUUCCUUUCAAAACCAAACCUGAUUUCAGACCAUAAUGAGCAAAAUCUAUACCGGUUUUCUGACCAAAAGAACAGCAAACAAAAGACCAAACCUUUUUGGGCGGCGUAUACCUAAAUAGCGGAUGUAGCGGAGUACCCAUCAGCAGUUUUCAGUGCAUGUCACUUUCUUGGAACUUGGUGCCUGGGGACGCGCGGUGUCCUCGCGAGUACAGUACUUCCUUGUGGUUGGGCACUAAUGUGACAACACCGUUUUAUCAAGUACCCGCGCCAGAAUUUGCGCACGGUGCCGGUCUCAGAGACCUUGUACUCGGACACUUGAAUUGGGCCCUAGGUAUCCAUGUGCACACGUCUUUGCAUACCCAUAACUUCUUGCUCUGUUUACUAUACCAAAUGGCGUCCGAUAUGGCGAAAUUGAGCAAAUGUGUUCACGUUUACAUCUCAUUGAUCAUGUGGCUCGAAAUAUUUGCCGGAGUUUAUUUUUGCGGAUUGGCAAUUUUUUGUGUUUUGUGGGAACUAGUUUUUGCGAUUAGGACAGAUUGCCUUUUCUUGCUAGGAAUUAUUUUUUUGAGAUUUUCAGAAAGUCCCAGACAAAUCGUUGAUAAUAGUUUCGUUUUAAUUGAGUACGUGCAGAGGAAAUACAUAAUUUCAAACAAUACUACGAUGUGCGUACCCUAUAGUACGUAAAGCCAGUAAAACAGAUUCAGACUUUUCUGUGUCAUUCGAUUAAACACGAACACAAAGAUUUCAACAUUUUUUUUGAGAACACAGCACCAUUUUGUGCAUCAAAUGCAUGUGAACAUGGCCAAAGUAAUAUUCAAGUCUCUAGUGAAAGUUACUGAAUUAUACGUAUUGUGUGUUGUACUACUCACUUUACAGUGACUGAAAUGUAGUCUUAUCCUCAGGGUGGCGAUGGUGUGGAAUAUCUCUACAUUCCUGUGGACUCAGCAACUUUAAAACAGUUUAUAGAAGACCAACAAAACAACAAUGUGGGGUGAAGACUAUGUUUCUCUUUCAUCUUGAAAAUCCCUUGGAAUCAGUUACAAACGGUUCCGUAAUUGAUGCUUUUCCAGAAGCAGC